CCACUUUCCUCCCCGUUUUUUUUUUUUUUUUUUUUUUUAUUUUUUUUUUUAAUAAUUCCAUCCGCCAUUGAAAUUCACCAACAAACGAAGGUGUGAACGCAAAGUCUCCAAGAAAUAUGAUGCAGAGAAUCUGUUUCCCCAGCACAGGUUUGUUGAGAAUUUGAAAUCUGUAUAGAGUGAGUAUUCAGUUGAUGGGGGGCAAAAAUUCAAGGGAGGGGAGUUGGAGGCAGUCUUCAUCCAUUCGGUCUACGUCGUCUUCUCGGGAUCAGUACGAGGGGUCUGCUUCCUCUCCUUGGGGUCAAUACGAAUAUCCUCAGGCAUCAUAUCCCCAAGAAAGCCAAAGUUAUGCUCCCCAGACAGCGUAUCCGGCUUAUCCACCACAACAGUAUUAUCCGCCUCCUCAAAAUUAUGGGACUCGGCCCCACGAACCGCAAAGGAAGCUUGAUAGGAGGUAUUCGAGGAUUGCUGAUAAUUACAAUACCUUAGAGGAGGUGACGGAGGCUCUUGCGCGCGCGGGCCUUGAGUCUUCUAAUCUCAUUGUUGGGAUUGACUUCACUAAGAGCAAUGAGUGGACAGGUGCAAGGUCAUUCAACAGAAGAAGCUUACAUCAUAUUGGAGAUGUUUCAAAUCCCUACGAACAAGCCAUAUCCAUUAUUGGGAAAACUUUAACAGCUUUUGAUGAGGAUAACUUGAUUCCAUGUUUUGGAUUUGGAGAUGCAUCAACGCAUGAUCAAGAUGUCUUUAGUUUCUAUUCAGAUGAGAGAUUUUGUAAUGGAUUCGAGGAAGUGUUGAGCCGGUACAGGGAAAUUGUUCCUCAUCUUCGUCUAGCAGGACCGACAUCUUUUGCCCCUGUCAUUGAAAUGGCCUCGACUAUUGUUGAGCAGAGUGGUGGCCAAUAUCAUGUUUUAUUAAUAAUUGCAGAUGGUCAGGUUACUAGAAGUGUUGAUACGGGGCAUGGUCAAUUAAGUCCACAGGAGCAAAGAACUGUUGAAGCAAUCGUAGAAGCAAGCAAGUUGCCCUUGUCUAUUAUAUUAGUUGGUGUUGGAGAUGGACCCUGGGACAUGAUGAAAGAAUUUGAUGACAACAUCCCUGCUAGGGCCUUUGAUAAUUUCCAAUUUGUCAAUUUCACAGAAAUUAUGUCAAAGAAUGUGUCCCUGUCCCGGAAAGAGACAGAAUUUGCCCUUGCGGCUUUGAUGGAAAUUCCUUCUCAGUACAAGGCAACGAUAGAACUCAACUUAUUGGGUGGCCGAAAAGGGAAUACUCCUGAGAGGGUUCCCCUCCCCCCACCUGUAUAUGGCGCGCCUUCUUUUAGCAACUCAAAACCUUCACGCUCAACUAGUUUCCAGCAGAGCACCUCUUCUUAUUACGACCAGAGCAGUCCUGUUGGCACAGCUCCACCUGCCCCGAGUUCUACUUUUGAUAACCAGGUUUGUCCCAUUUGCCUUAGUAAUCCGAAGGACAUGGCUUUUGGUUGUGGGCAUCAGACAUGUUGCGACUGUGGACAAGAUCUUCAAAUAUGCCCAAUUUGUCGGAGUUCAAUCCAAACCAGAAUAAAGCUCUAUUAAGCAGCAGCUUCAUGUUUUGCCUCUGCAAUGUGUUUUAGCUAUUGGCCAGUAUCUUUGUUUGUAAUCACAUGAUUGACACUAGAGAUUUAUUUUUUAAUUUUUAAUAUUUAAUUUGGAUAUGGAUUGGGGAAAAGAGGAAGUGGUCAUGUUUUGUACAUGUCUGUGUUCAGAUUGUUUCUCUUUCUAAUCAUUAGGUUGCUGGUCACUAGACUAUGAACCAUGUCAGGUGGAAUUUUGAUGCAUAUGAUAAGAUAUAUUGGGCAAGAAUUUUUUAGAAGUUUUGUUAGGGUUAAAAGUAAAUACAGUUUAGAAGGAUUUAUUAA